AUGAAUGCAUUGAAAGAAACAUUACUUCGACUAACAAAGUCAGUACCUGAACGUAUCCUACGACCGAGCAAUAUAGUAGUACCACCACCACAACCACAACUACAACCACAACUACAACCACAACUACAACCACAACCACAACCACAACCACCUACUACAAAUACAAAUGCAAACAAAUGCACAGCAAAUUCAUCAAGUUCUUCAAAUUCAUCAAAUACAAUCAUCACCUUCACUAAUGAUCCACCCUCGAUUCCAUACCCCAUCACGUAUCGACAUAUACCGUAUCAACAAUUAUUUCGAGAAUUCUUGGAACCGUUAGAUAUGCCCAAUUUGAAAACAUUCACCACCACAACUCAACAAAACAAAAACGAUACCACCACCACCAUCGGCAACUUGCAGCUGCUUUCAGACAGUACAGCCACCAAAAACAAAUACAAUGAAGAAGAAGCGAGGCGAAAUUGGUCUAAACGCAAAUCAACUAAAGUACAAGAUCAAUUACACGUGUAUUUCGAAAACCGACAAAUAUUCCACAAGAUGCUUCGAUAUCUAGUUGAAAUCACUCCACCACAUUUGAAAAACAUCCAUAGUGAAACAUAUAAACAUCACAUAUUGGCACAAGAGUCUCUAGCUCAGCAUCAAUUGUAUUUACCAUCAACUAGAUUCUGCAACAAUUAUGGUUCCUUACCCAAUCUACCGCAACCGUUAACCCAAGAGCAAUUCACCAACUACAUUCAUGAUUUAGUACACAUUCGUCAUCACUGGCAAAACGCAUCAAAAUUAUCCGGCAUAAUCCCGCAAAUUCUUCUUGACUCACAUAAAUUAACUAAUUACGAAUUAGCACCGUACCGAUCAACAAUGUCAUACAAUCACCUAAUGCAUUACUUUGGCAUCAUCAAGAACCAAUCGUUUCUUGCGCGUGCACUCAUUGUAUCGAUGAAUCGCGAUGGUCAUGGUAUAGAUACAUUAACCAUCAAUACUAUGCUCAGUAUAGUUCGCCAACAAUCACGAAUACGAUCAAAAGCUAAUUCGUUGCAAUUGGUGUUGAAGUAUUUGCAUUUGGCUAAUGAUGCUGGAGUGGAGGUGAAUUUAACUACAUGGUCACGUAUUUAUGAUAUUGUGGCUUCACCAUAUUUGAAACAACAGUUUCUUGAUGAAAUGGAUCAUCAAAAGAUUCCUAUUUGUGAUGCAUUAUAUAGAAAAAUGAUUCGGGAUUUGAAAAAAUUGUAA